CCUCGGACGCGGCUGCGCACCUAACCCAGUCCUGAGGGGUAGGCAGGCGAGGGUCUCCGGAUGCUGAGACUCCGGGCUCCCACGGUGCCAGAUCGGAUUUGGGAGCUGCCAUGAUUGAAGUGGUAGCGGAGCUGAGCCGGGGUCCGGUGUUUCUGGCAGGGGAGGCGCUGGAGUGUGUGGUUACUGUCACCAACCCCCUCCCCCCGACGGCCACUUCUGCUUCCAGUGAAGCUCUGGCCUGGGCCAGUGCCCAGAUCCACUGCCAGUUCCAUGCCAGUGAGAGCCGUGUAGCAUUGCCUCCCCCUGACUCUAGUCAGCCAGAUGUCCAACCGGACAGCCAGACUGUCUUUCUGCCACACAGAGGUGAGAGGGGUCAAUGUAUCCUUUCUACUCCACCAAAAAUUCUAUUUUGUGACCUGAGGCUAGACCCUGGAGAGUCCAAAUCAUAUUCCUACAGUGAAGUGCUGCCCAUAGAGGGACCACCCUCCUUUCGGGGUCAGUCAGUCAAGUAUGUCUACAAAUUGACCAUUGGCUGCCAGCGUGUCAACUCACCCAUCACUUUACUAAGGGUCCCUUUAAGGGUUCUCGUACUGACUGGCCUUCAAGAUGUCCAGUUUCCCCAAGAUGAGGCUGUAGCUCCAUCCAGCCCAUUCUUGGAAGAGGAUGAAGGUGGAAAGAAGGAUUCAUGGCUGGCUGAGCUGGCUGGGGAGCGCCUCAUGGCUGCCACAUCCUGCCGCAGCCUCCAUCUCUACAAUAUCAGUGAUGGCCGAGGGAAAGUUGGGACAUUUGGCAUCUUCAAAUCUGUGUACAGACUCGGCGAGGAUGUUGUGGGGACCUUAAACUUGGGGGAAGGAACUGUAGCUUGUUUGCAGUUUUCAGUAAGCUUACAGACUGAAGAACGUGUACAGCCUGAAUAUCAGCGGCGCCGUGGGACAGGGGGUGCCCCCUCUGUGUCCCAUGUGACUCAUGCCCGGCACCAGGAAUCCUGCCUACAUACAACCAGAACCAGCUUUUCUCUCCCUAUCCCUCUGAGCUCUACCCCAGGCUUCUGUACUGCCAUUGUGUCCCUGAAGUGGCGAUUACAUUUUGAAUUUGUAACAUCUCGAGAACCAGGAUUGGUACUCCUGCCCCCUAUGGAACAGCCUGAACCUGCUACCUGGACAGGUCCUGAGCAAGUGCCUGUAGACACCUUCAGCUGGGAUCUCCCCAUUAAGGUGCUGCCUACCAGCCCCACUCUGGCCUCAUAUGCUGCCCCAGGCCCCAGCACCAGCACCAUAACCAUCUGAAAUCAGUCCACCUGCCCACUGUGACACUAGCGUCUUCAGGAUACUCAGAACUCAGCACCUGGACUCUACUGGGGCCCACUUUUCCCACCGGGGCCCAUUGGGACAGAGAAUGACAGGCUUUCCAGGCUGUAGUAUUAAUUUAUUUAUUCAGAAUAAAUUGGCAGCUGCUAGUGGUUUCCCUGGAAGUGGCAGCAGCAGUGAGCAGUCA